AUGUGCCCCAACUAUUGUAAGACGGGCAACUUCGAGAAGGCCAGCGAGAUCUUUUCCGUAGGAGCAACCAUCUUGCAGAUUGUUGCUGGACAGACUCGCUUUGACAGCCCCCCGCUGAGUGAAUUGCCAGAUGAUCUCAAGAUGGCUGACGUUGAGAAGCUUCACGACAAACGGCCGCCUUACGCAAGCCAUGAAGCAGAAGUCCGGACUUUGCCCAACAUGACGGAGCAAGCAAUGAAGAGGAAGCAGAUCCGGACAAGCACAAUUGCAUCCCUACUGGAGCCGGUGCAGGAUCAGACUGCGCCACAAGGAGAUGAUGCCCAAGCUGUCAGAGACACCAGAAAUGCGAAAUGGUACGAGCCAUACAAGCUGGGAGUGUUCAACAUGGUGAAGGCAGCAAGCCGUGGUGACUCCUUUGGACAGAUUUCCGUGCUUCUGAGGUAA